CUCAUCUGUACCCCUGGGUUCUGUGCAGGCAGUCCCUCAUCUGUACCCCUGGGUUCUGUGCAGGCAGUCCCUCAGCUGUACCCCUGGGUUCUGUGCAGGCAGUCCCUCAUCUGUACCCCUGGGUUCUGUGCAGGCAGUCCCUCAUCUGUACCCCUGGGUUCUGUGCAGGCAGUCCCUCAUCUGUACCCCUGGGUUCUGUGCAGGCAGUCCCUCAGCUGUACCCCUGGGUUCUGUGCAGGCAGUCCCUCAGCUGUACCCCUGGGUUCUGUGCAGGCAGUCCCUCAUCUGUACCCCUGGGUUCUGUGCAGGCAGUCCCUCAUCUGUACCCCUGGGUUCUGUGCAGGCAGUCCCUCAUCUGUACCCCUGGGUUCUGUGCAGGCAGUCCCUCAGCUGUACCCCUGGGUUCUGUGCAGGCAGUCCCUCACCUGUACCCCUGGGUUUUGCAAAAGGAGUGAUAUACCUGUACCCCUAGGUUCGACAAAGGCUGCUGCCUUGCUAACACCCACCUAACCAUUUGCACCCUUGGCUACUGUGGUCCGUGUGCCUUUACCGGGAUGCCCGGCUACCAGUGACCAGAGGGGAUAUGCCAGCAGUCCGGAUACUGACGCUGGCUGUCUGCUGCUGGCUCCUCCUGGUCCCAGUUUGCUGUUGUGGUCCUGGCCGGGGGCCGGUUGGCCGUCGCCGUUACAUGCGUAAGCUGGUCCCACUGCGUUACAAGCAGUUUGUGCCUAAUGUUCCAGAGAAGACACUAGGGGCCAGUGGCAAGUCAGAGGGCAAGAUCCGACGGGGCUCAGAAAGGUUUAUUGAGUUGGUUCCCAACUACAACCCAGACAUCAUCUUCAAGGAUGAGGAGAACACAGGAGCUGACCGACUCAUGACUGAGCGCUGUAAAGACAGAGUCAAUGCCUUGGCUAUCUCUGUGAUGAACAUGUGGCCAGGCGUGAAGCUCCGGGUUACCGAGGGCUGGGACGAGGAUGGACACCAUGCUCAUGACUCUCUGCAUUAUGAAGGGCGCGCAUUGGACAUUACAACAUCUGACCGAGACAGGAGCAAAUAUGGCAUGUUGGCACGCCUGGCAGUGGAAGCUGGCUUUGACUGGGUGUAUUAUGAAUCCAAAGCACACAUCCAUGUCUCUGUGAAAGCAGAUAACUCACUGGGUGUCCGAUCUGGUGGCUGUUUUCCUGGAACAGCUAUGGUUAUGAUGGCGAGCGGUGAGAAAAAGUCUCUGUCUGAACUGCAGCUUGGCGACACUGUCUUCACUACAGAUGAAACAGGCCAGUUGAUCCCUUCAGUGGUUCUGCUCUUCUUGCACAGGGAUCUAUAUAAAACAGCUACGUUUGUGCUGAUUGAAGCUGAGGGGCACACAUCCAAGCUCCUUGUUACACCCAAUCAUUUGUUGUUUAUAAAAAGAAGCUUAUCAGCAGGAUUUCUACCAACUUUUGCUUACAGAGUUCAGAUAGGAGACCUGGUUCAAAUCUAUGUGAAUGGCACUCAGCUGCAACCUUCUAAGGUUGUGAGGGUAUCUGUAGAGGAACAAACUGGUGUAUAUGCCCCCAUGACAGAACAUGGAACCUUACUUGUGGAUGGGGUGCUAACAUCCUGCUACGCUACUGUGGAGUCACACACUCUGGCACAUGCAUCUUUGGCCCCACUUAGACUCUUUAAAGGCAUAGCUUCAAUGCUCCCAGAUUUAGACCUGAGUGACGGGGUGCACUGGUAUUGUCACAUACUCUAUCUGCUGGCCAAGUAUGUUCUUUGGUGGGAUAUGCCUUAAAUUAAGUACAAAUUACGGUGGUAUGUUUCUGAAUGCUGCUGAAAAUGGGGAGAAUCACAGACACAAAGAGAUAUAUUUUAUUAUCAACUGGUUCCUCCAACUGACCUACAUAAAGAAGAUGCUUUUCCCUGAAAUGAAUACUCUGCAGUCUAUUCAAAAUGCCCCAUAAUCCUUCCCUUUGACUGGAUCCCAGAACACCCCACAUCCAAACUCUAUAAAGUUUAUGGUUAGGUGAAAGUUAAGGCUUGGUUGGCAUAUAAUAAGCAUGUAAAGAAAGUAGCUACCUUCUUUCAUCAUAUACAUUGUGUCUAAUCUAUAUGUGGUAUAAUGAGAAUUAUAUGGUGUGAAAAGGCAUAGACAAGGACUUACAUGAAAGUUAAAUGACUACACAUGUGGGAAUGGGGCUUGCCACUCUGUGCUGUUCCAAGUUUACCAUUUCCCAAGUGGAAAAGUACUGUAGGCUUCAGUUAGACCAGCUCCAAAGAAACAUUUUUUUCCAGUCUUAGCCAAAGAUAUCAAUAUGAACAGUAAGCCUGAGCUUGGCAAGGUUCGUGAUAGUGAGGCUUUUCCAUGCUGCUAGAGAUUGCAUGUUGAGUGGGUUUUGCUUAAGUUGUAUUUAUCAUGAUCUCUGCCCAUACGUCGCAAAUGAACUCCCUCCACAUCUCCUGUUCAUGUGGGAAUUCAACAGUGCAUGUCCCUAAUGAGCAAUAUACAUGCACAUACAAACCUUAAAAAAACACUGGACCCUAAAGCUAUGAGGGCCUGAAAGUCACUAUGCACUGAUUAUUUAUUUUUUUCUUUCAUAACUCCUAGUUUAGUGAUUUUUUUAAAAUAGCUGUCCCGAAACUAAAAGUUCAACAGAAGCAAAAGAUCAGAGUCCUACUGAAGCUCCCGCUGCUGUAAACAACGUACAUACUCUCAACUCUACUGAUACAAAGGUUACCCAAGAGGCUUAUGAUAUUGUACUGAAGUCAGCUGUUCUUCUAUAGAUGCAGAUGUAUUGUGUUUUGCUGUGUCUUAUUUGUCCCAGGUGCAUAAAAAUAGCCCCAAACAAAAAUAAAGAAUGUAACGUGCCAUAGCCCUUUAUAAACGAACCAAACAGAGACUAAAGAAAUCUGAGUCAACUAUGUCCAACAGCAGGUGCGGUGUGUGGAGAAAUGACACCAAUGGAAAUACAUAUUCCUAUUUCAACUUUUCAAAUAUUUGUUUACACCCGAAAAAGUGGACAUUUUUCAAAUAGUCAACAUAUUUGCAACCUUUCAGAUGCACAAAAAUUGAUAUAUUUAUCUCCCUAUAACCCACUGUUUGCAUUAGAAAACAAAGCACUCCACUCAGUGCUAUCUGUGCCUUACAAAUAUGUGAUUAAAGCUGCUCAUCUACUGGCAGAUUUAGUAUUGACUGAUACAAUAACUAACAACCAGGCUUACUCUGAUUAAAACUAUAUGCAUAACACAUCUGCAGUGCAAGCAAUGUUUACUGGAAUCGGGCUCAGGGCAAGGGAAAGAGCAAAAUAAUUCACCUAAACAAGCUCAAAAGGAAAAACACUACAUCAGGACCAUGAUCUCCGCUUUAAUUAUAUCAUGUUUCCAGGGCAGCAGCAGCAGGAGGUACUUUAGUUUGGGGUCCCAUGAGACAAGAAGAAAAUACAGGCCACGAAUGGGGUGUGGCCUGCAAGCAGUGGGGGCAGGUUGGGUGGAUUAUUGGCAGUGUUUUUGGUGUGUGGCCAGGAAAGACCCGUGGCAAAAUGUGUGCCAGGCGCAAACAUUCUAAUUGUCAGCAGGGCUCAAUGACAAGUGGCUCCUGGUGGGGGGAGCCCAACUAACAUACCAGCAUGGGGCUCUACAAUUACUGAUGAUGGCCCUGCCUGGUUCUUUUUACAUAGUAAUACAGAAAAUUAGGUAAAAAAACACAUGUUCAUCAUGUUAAACCUUUUAUGUCUAGAUAGAUUUAAUAUUGGAAGAGAUGAAAUGAUGGGCACCCAAGAAUAGCUUUAGGGGACCUAGUAGGGCAAUUAGAUCAUACUUGUCAGUAUCCCUAGAUACAAUUUUGUUAAUAUUUGGCCAUGCCCAGGUAUAUGUGUCUUAUCUCCCCAAUCUCCCCUAAUCUGCCAUAGACCUACUUCUGUGAGAGCCACACCUGCUUUGCCACAGCAUUAUGAUCUCUCAUUGGUAAAAUAGGACUGUUGGCAAGAUAAGGGUGGGAGGGGCAAACCAUUCAGAGCCCAAUUUUCGGAUAAUUUCUCUUCCCACAGCAAUUGUUGCAUUGCUACAUUGUUGCUAGGGAGUCAGCACACCAACUGGGUUUUCAUUGUCUAGCAGGUUGCUGGCAAGUGGCUUCAGCUGGCAUAUUUUAAAUGGAGACUGUGUGGGAAAGAGGUGGGGCAUGGACCACUUUGGUCCAACUAGCGCAAGACUCCUAUUCAAUAACACAACAUUGAACUUAAAUUAUGUUAUAAAUACCCCAUGCCCCGUCACCUGUGCGCUGCCAGCUCAUGGUGUAAAGCUUGUGUGAACUGGGCUCUAAAAUUGCCGGAAAACACAAUUUUUUGUAUAUCCCUCCUAAAAUAAAAAAAACCACAACUUU